GUGAUUCUAAGUUGAACGACGUGUCAACGCGCGUACGGUUCAUCAUCAAGCAAAUGGAUUUCAUUCAGGAGUAUAGUCCUGACGAAGCGGUCCGCAUCGAUGGGGAGUUUAGUCGUUUAGCAGGCAAACACUACAUGGACCACGCCGGAGCAACCCUGUACGCCGAAUCACAAAUCCGAUCGAUCCAAAACCAACUAACGAGCAACCUGUUCUGCAACCCGCACACCAGUCACCUUACCGGUGACCUAAUAGAUAGCGUUCGACACCGCGUACUCCAAUUCUUCAAUACACGUUCCUCCGAAUAUACGCUGAUCUUCACUUCCGGUGCAACGGCCAGCCUUCGGAUGGUUGCAGAAUGCUUCACUUUUCGCCCGGAGAACGCACCCGAAGGAGACGAUGGGGUGUUCGUGUAUUUACGGGACAAUCAUACCUCCGUGCUGGGUAUGCGCGCAAUCGUAGCAACGGAUCGGAUCGAACCUAUGGAGCGAGUGGACUUUCUGCGGCACACGAAACUAUCCGCCAUGUCUAGCCAACGGAAACCGUCGUUGUUUGUGUUUCCAGCUCAGAACAACUUCAACGCUGCCAAGUAUCCGCUGGAGUUGAUCGAGGAAAUACAACGGAAUGGCUUGAGAGGGUAUGAUGAUGAGAAGUUUUACGUCUGUUUGGAUGCCGCGAGUUACGUUUCGACGAAUUUCUUAGAUUUGAAUCGUUAUCGGCCGGAUUUUGUAUGUUUAUCAUUUUAUAAAAUAUUCGGAUACCCGACAGGUCUGGGAGCACUGCUGAUUCGAAACGGUUCCGAAACAGUUUUGAACAAGAAGUACUACGGUGGAGGAACAAUCAAGAUUCUACUUAGUGGACAGAACUUGCACAUGAAGCACGACUCGGUAGAGCAGCGAUUUGAAGACGGAACACAACCGUUCCUAUCGAUCAUCGCUUUGCUGGAGGGUAUCAACACCAUCGAGCGCCUAAUUCCGGCAGUCGACGGACAACGGUCAAUGGAACGCGUAUCCAAACAUGUAUUCAAUUUGGCGAAGUAUUGCUAUCGGAAGUUAGGCUCGCUGAAACACGCCAACGGGUUGAAAGCGAUUCGGUUUUACAUGGAUUCCGAGUUCAGUUCCGGGCAGCAUCAGGGUGGGAUCGUUAAUUUUAAUGUAUUGCGAGAAGAUGGAAGCUACGUUGGAUUCGCCGAGUUUGCGCAGGUAGCUGAAAGGGCCGGAAUCUACGUACGGACUGGAUGCUUUUGUAACGCGGGGACAUGCCAGAGACAGUUGGGUCUGUCGGAUGAAGAUGUGUUGAUGUUCUUUCGGAUGGGGAAAAUUUGCGGCGAUGAUACGGAUAUGAUCGAAGGGAUGCCUACGGGUACGGUGCGCGUUUCGUUCGGGUACAUGAACAGUUCGAAGGAUGUUGACGUAUUAGCGGAGAUGAUUGCCAAAAGUUUCAUCAGAAGAUCCUCGAUUCAUUCGAAUAGCGGCAUUAAUCAAUCCGGAAAUCCGAUCCUUGAAUCCAUCUACAUAUAUCCGAUCCGUUCAUGUGGAGCGUUUCGCGUUCCGCACAGUUGGCCACUUUGUGGCAAAGGACUCCGGUUCGAUCGCGAGUUUACGAUCGUAGAUAGUUGCAAUAUUCCACUUUCUGGUACCAAACACUCAGAGAUGGCUUCAAUCGUACCAAAGAUUGGAAAUAAUGUUCUACUGUUGACACAUUCAUCGCAAAGUGAUUUUAUUCUUAACCUAAACGAAAUAGAAGGACCACUUGUACAAUUGAAUGGAUCAGCUGCGGUAGAUUGCGGUGAUCUGGUGGCAUCGUGGAUCAGUCGAACACUUCGAACAUCCCGUCUUCGUCUGCUGAAACAAACGACAGUCGGAAACAGUCAACAAAAAUUACUGAUGAUCAAUCGAAAUGUGUUGAGGUGCCUUGGCGAUGAAUUAAAUGAGAUCCGGCUAGUUGAGCACUUGCGGGGAAACCUGGUUAUCGACGUCCCCGCUCAGUUCGACAUGCAAGCUUGGAAGGAACUAACGAUCGGUAACGAGCGAUUUCAGAUCAUCGGUAUGUGUACAAGGUGCCCAAUGAUCCACGUCAACCAGGCCGAUUCGUUGAAGGCGAUCGCCAGUGUUUUCACUAAGAAAAUUCCACUUGGGAUUUAUUUAAUUUAUAUGGAAAGUGAGAAUUCCACGGCAAACCAGUUGAAAUGUGGCGCUGAACUAGAAGUGGCCACCCGUAGAGACAUCAUCAGCAAGUCAAUGGUCAUUACGGAGUCCACCACCAGAUAUGACUUCCGGGGGGUGUCAGCAUUAGGUGCAUCAAAGUAUAGUUCAAACGGUAUCUACCGGUCCAGCAUGAAGUGAAUAAACAUACUUCACGGGGUCUAUCUGGGGCGUGCUUGGUUUUAUAAGCUCCGCAACACAAAGAUGAAACAAAUCCCUACAUUUUCCUGUGCUCGAUGAGCGAAAUUUUACGAUUAGUCAACAACAGCAUACCGGUGCAGCCGAAGCAUGCACCUCAUUUUACCUACAUAUUAUGCAUUCAAACACAUUGCGAAACGGCGCAAUUAUUUUCCGGUUGCGCCGCGGCGUCGCCGACUGCGACGGCGAUACCACCACGAGAAAGUUGCGCAUAGCUCUGUGAUAAGACCCGGCUCGAACGGACCGGGCUUCUCGCAUCGCUGAGAGCGUGGCGCGGCACACACACACAAACCGUUUAUUCCAACGAUUCGCAAUUGGCCCCGCUAAAUUGUUGUGGGUAUACGGUAUUCGCGUACCCGGUAUGCCAACAACAAUCCCAGCAUCAGACAUACCGACACUUUCAUGAAUGAAGCCGUUGGGGAGGCGUGAGUUGUGAUUCUUCAUUUGCGAUGUGGGCCUUUGUUAUUAGUUGUUCUAAACGUGGCGUAUUCGGUUGGCUUGAUCCAACGAAUCGGAAGAAGCAUUUUAGAUUUGAUUUAUAAGGUAGAUCACAUUUUUUUUGGUUCAAAGGCUUAUCUAUUCUAGCUUUGUUUUAACAGUCGAUAUUAACUACAAAGUACAAUGUCCAAUGUAUUGGCCAUUCUCAGUUAUAAUAAAUCCUUAUUAUAAUUAUAUCUGUGUGAAUCGGAUUCAUUUUCUUAAAAUCAAUUCAAAAGAAUUAACUUUGAAGUGAGAGGCUGAGAGCAAGAGUAAAAACGGUAUACGUUUUAUUAAGAGCAAAACCGUUUUAAGUACCAGUAAGAGUAGAAAUGAAUUACCAAUAACUUUGGAUUAUAAAGAUAUACUGCUUUUGCACUGAGAGGAUAAAUAUUCCAUUUUUAUCCUAAGAAUGGUUACAGAAAUGAUUUAUCACAAAUAAGUGAAAACCAUCAUCAAUAUGGGUGUCAUUUGAAAAGGGGUAGUCAAUAAACAUCGGAAAUUAAUGCUUAACGCCGUUUGAGAAACCCAAAAUGACGACUUCCGGUUAAACAGGUGCACCACCGCCACCGGUAAUCUUAAAUAAGCCGUUUUUUUCUCGCGCAGAUUAUUUAUGAACGAAAAUUCCCAAUAUGCUUGCUUUUACUAAAACAAGACAAACUACUACGAUAUCAGUUCACUGAGUUUCCGGUUACUAACUUUUCUUCUGUUGAAGACUUCGCACGGGAAAACUUGUUCCCAGAUUCGUGAAUAAAAUGCCAUGAAUUCUGAUUGGUUUUUACGAAACGAAAGCAGGACCGUGAAGAGAAAUUAUUUGAAACGAAAAGCCCAUAAUACCCCCAUGCUCAUGGGGGUUGACAUGGGUGUUUCAAAUGGGUUCAACCCAUGGAAACACCAGCACCAUGGUCUGGUAGACCCCGUAUGCCGAGUAAAAAACAGCGUUUAUUGGAAAAUUCGGGUAAGAAAAUCGAGUUAAUCCGAAAAUCCGCGUAAAAAACCGCGUUAAUUAGAAAAUCUUCGUUAAAAACC